AUGAGAGAAUUAUUAGAAAGAUGUCCCAAUCACAAACAGCCAACAAAACUUAAUUUCAAUCCACCAACAAAAGGUGAGACAAAAUAUACUGUUUUAAAUAUUUUAUGCAGGUUUAUAUUUUUUAGGUUGUCUUAAAUAACUACUCAUUUACAUAUUUAAUAAUGCAUAAUAUUAUAAUAACUUAACAAAAAAAAAAACCAUCUGUUUUCAGAUUGUGUAUGAUUGUAUAGAUGAUACAGAAUACUGGAGUUUAAGCAGAACUGAUAUUUUUGUUGGUAAUUUCAGUGAUUCAUUAGGCACCAAUAUAUUAGGCGUGAAUAUUAGUAGUCAACAUUCAAGAGAAAAUAGCAAAAGCAAAAAUAUUCAGCAAGUAUCUAUAAUGUAUGGUAAUAUUAUGUAACAUGGUGUUCAGUAAAAGACUGACUGACAAACUGCAGUUUAUUUUAUAUAAUCUUUUUUAGGUUAACAUCAUUAUAAUCAAAUUAUUAUUAGCAAAUCAUUUCAUCUCUCCCCUGCUACAUUAGUGUGCAAAUAAUAAAUUAUUAAAAAUUUGCAAAUAACAUUUAUAAAACAGUGAAUAGUUAAAUAGUAAUUAAAGAAUGAUAUAAUUGAGUAUUUUCAAACAAUGAAGUCCUCUAGAUGCUUUGGAAUCUUCUUAGUCCUUUCACUUCUUCUGGUUGUUUUUCUCUUUGAACUGUGAUGCGUUCCUAGUCACCUGCCCUUGGUCAUCUCUUAUCCCAGGUCCUUUAAUUUCUAGUGUCUCCAGUGGUUUCAGGUUGAAUGGUAUUAAGUAUUAUUGAGAAAUUGUUUAUGAGCAUACUUAAAAAAUUAACACAAACAACUUAAUUGAUAAAGUGGAUUGUAUAUUUUAUUUUACAUUUUGAGAGCCAACAGAUGAAAAAAACUUUGUAACUGUCUCUAUCAAAGCUGAAAGAAAAAUAUUAAAUACAAGUUCAUCAGUGCUGCUAACACAAGAAUAGAUAUAUAUUAUUUAGCUUAAACAUAUUUUGUUUCUUGAUCUGUUACAAUCGAUUCUGGUAGGCCGUGUAAGCAUAUUAAGGACUCUACAAAAGCUUUUGCCAAAUUAUUGGAUGUGUUGUUCGAUAAUGGUACUACAACUGAGAACUUAGAUCAUCCUACCUGGUUAGUAUGAACUUGUUGCUGUUCCUUGAUGUAUCUAAUGGUUCUACCAUAUCCGGGAAGAAUUUUUCAAAAGGCCUACUCACUGUUGUAGUAAUUACCAUUGGUUGUUUAAUUGUUUUGUUAGUACUUUUAUUACAAUGCAAUGUGCUAUUUUACAUAUUUUUUCAAGUUUUUCCAAUGAUAGUUUUGUUUAAUUCAUUUGAUGGUUUUGAUUCAUCCUGAUGACAUCCCAGUGGGGCAUCCUGAAAUUCUUCUAUUAAGUCUUUCUUCUCCUGAAUAUUCAAACGUUUGAAACUAUUAAAAUCUCAAUUUGAGAAUUUUUGAAUACAUACCUUAGCAUAGUUAAAAUUUCGGGCCAUUCUAAACCAUCUAAUCCGCUUGUGGUUCUUGGUAAUGCUAAUUUUGAUAUACUUUUUUCCAAACAGAACUUCUAAAGGUUUAUAAGUGUGUUGAAUACAUUCUUGUAAGUAGGCUCCUGCCAAUGGUAUUGUUUAGUAAUCAGGUAUAAUUUGAUUUUUUUGUCAUAAAACCUUCAACAAUAUCUAGUAAUUGGUAUAUUUUAGCACAUAUAUGUCAUGUUACACAGUUUCUUGUAGCCAGACCAACUUGUACAACAGCUACAGAAGACAUCCUGAAUACUGUUGAAAAAAACAUCAUCGAUCAAUAUGGACCUCUCUUACUUAUAUUAGUGAUAACAGUUCUUCAUUCACCAGCACUAAAUUUCAACAGUUUUUAGAAAAAUAUGGAAUUGAACAUUUGUUAACCCCAUCAUAUACCCCUCAAUCAAACGACUUAAUAGAAUGUUCAAAUACAACAAUAAUAGCAGUACUUUCAAAAUUUACAUUAGAAUACCCAUAUGACUGGGAUAAAAAAUUACCAGUUUUAACUUUAGCAAUUAGCACUAUCCAGCAGAGUUCAUUAAAAUAUUCACCAUUUUAUCUACUACACGCAUAUGAUCCUAGAAUUAUUUCUUCAGACAUAAAUUUGGGUAUAUCAAUACCUGAAAUUACUAGAGAACUACAGUUAGAUGAAUUACCUGAUACAAGGAGGCUGCUGAAAACAUUAAAAAAAGCAUGA